AACAUAAGUGUAGCGCCAACACAAGAAUGAGUGGAUUUGGAAGAGGUAGAGGAGGCGGUAGAUUUGGCGGUCGAGGAGGAGGCCGAGGAGGAGGUCGGGGAGGAGGUCGGGGAGGAGGUCGGGGAGGCCGAGGAGGAGGAAGGUUUGGACGCGAAGAAGGACCACCCGCAGAAAUUGUUGGUAAGUUGUUCCUACCUGCUACGCAAUGUUAUUGUUUGUCAACAUAGAUGCUUUUGAGACUAUGGAAUCGCAUAAUGUAAUAUUGCUGUUGGUGUCCGGUUGAUAUUCUUUUUUCUUCGUUGAGUACUCCAACUGCGACGUGAAGCWAUCACGAAGUUUCCUCUACUUAUCUCUAAAAUUGUGAUUUGAAAUUCUCUUCGAAUCCCAUUGUACAAACUUGUAGAGGCGGGCCAAGUAUUACACGAUUGCGAGUCAGAAUUAGUUUGUCGAUGGACAUUGGAUCAAAAGGUUCCUUAUUUCAACGCUGGAGUUUAUCUAGAAAACAAACGUAAAAUCGGUAAAGUUGAUGAAAUUCUUGGCAAGGUUGCCGAAAUAUUCUUCACCGUCAAAAUGGAUCCCGGUGUUCUGAGUAAGAGUUUCCAGCCGAAUGAUCUCAUGUAUGUAGGAACCGACAAGCUAUUGCCACUCACGAGGUUUACGAAUCCAGGUUCUUCCGGAGGACGAGGCGGCGGACGGGGAGGAGGCCGAGGUGGAAGAGGCGGUCGAGGUGGCCGUGGAGGAAGAGGUGGCCGAGGUGGAGGUCGAGGAGGAAGAGGUGGCCGUGGUGGAGGUCGUGGAGGAUUUGGCGGAAGGGGAGGAGGUAGGGGAAGAGGUCGAGGUCGAUUCUAAUGUUGCAAGACAUGAACGCCUUUCCAUCUCAAUAAUAUUUCGUGCAUAUACAUUUCUCACCUAGUGAGGUAGUUCAUCAAAAUUAACAACUCAUUACUUC